UAAAGUCCCCCACCUCACUCUUCUCCUUCCCCACACUCUUUCUCUCUCCUAUUCCACACCCUCUCUCUCUCUAUCUUCUCUCUCUCCUCGUCUCCAAGAUCUCACUUUUGUUUCUUACCCUCACUUUUCUCUUUUCGAAAACUCCAUUUUUGUUGCUUCUCUUUGCUCUGGGACCUCAGCAUUCUCUCUCUAUAUGUAUAGCUCUAUGUACAUGUGACUAUGCCUCUGUUUUCCUAGAUCUUCUACCGCAUUUUAUGGAUCUACUACCCGACCCGUUUGCAUUGCUUUGUUUUCGGCACCUUUCUUAUUUUUCUUCAUUUUCUUAGGGUUUUAGUCGUCGAAUGUCUUUUUGCCCACUCUUUCUGCUCUCGUAGCCAUGCUAUUCCUCGUCCCAACCACGCAAUGGGAUGAACAGGUUGGCUGCCGGAGAAUGCUUCCCCGGAAACCUACUGAUCUCUGGCGACUAUCCGGCGGCGCUGUUGAGCUCGAACGCGGUAGCAUCUCAUAAUGGUUUUUGCGAAUUUGGCUUCCGGGAGAGAAAAUGCGAACUCUGAUUUUGCUGCUUUUGUUUUUCCCUCACUUGCUCACUUUGAUUUUCACUUGUUCGGGGCAUUCGUUGCUGCACAUAUACUUACCUCCUGAUCGACUACCAAAUGCACCAUCGUCUAUCAGAGAAUUCUCAGCAAAACAUGAAAGUUCAUUUUGGAUGAGCCUGUCAUUUGGGUCAUCAAGAUUUCCCAAAACUCAGGUGGUUAAGCCCUCUCUUGGACCCUCUCCUACACCUGCACUUUCUCCAAAUUAUCAAGGUCCUAGCAGUUCACCAAGACGCCAUCACUGGCGGCAUCAUCAUCAUCAUCAUGUGAGACCUCAUGCUGUUGCUCCAGCCCCGACAAAAGACCAAGGUUGUGAUCAAAUUUGUGUGGAGCCUCUUACUGCUGCUCCUUUUGGUUCACCUUGUGGGUGUGUGUUUCCUAUGAAAAUCAGACUCCUGCUGGAUAUAGCUCCUUUUGCUGUUUUUCCAGUAAUGGGUGAGCUAGAGAUUGAGGUUGCUACAGGAACAUACCUGGAGCAAAGUCAAGUGAAAAUAAUGGGUGCUAGUGCUGAUAGCCAAAACCAAGGAAGAACAGUUGUGGAUAUAAACUUAGUGCCACUUGGAGAGAAGUUUGAUAAUACCACUGCAAUGUUAACAUAUGAUCGAUUUCGGCAUAAAAAAGUGCCUCUAAACAUGACUCUGUUUGGUAAUUAUGAAGUGGUAUACAUCAGUUAUCCAGGUCUUCCUUCUUCACCACCAUAUGGAUAUUAUACGGGAAGUGGUCCGUCUGGAAGUGCUGGAAAUCUCCCUAUCACAGCAAAUUUUGGGAACAAGAACCAGAGAAUGAAUGUUCGAAUCAUCAUAAUUAUUGCACUUUCUGCAUUUGUACUCCUAUUGGUUCUUGUUGGAGCAGUCGUCAUUCUUAUAAAAUGGAGGAAAGUUGGAAGGCCAUCAAGUGCUGUUGGUCCUGCGAUUUCGUCAUCUAUACACAAAAGAUCUGGAAUAGGGUCUAUAUUAUCAAGUAGCAUUGCCAGCUCUACUUCUGUGUCCCUGAUAUCUACAAUGGCUCCCACCAUCCUCUCUGUUAAAACAUUUUCACUUUCUGAGCUAGAGAAAGCAACAGAGAAGUUUAGUUCAAAAAGAAUUUUGGGAGAAGGAGGAUUUGGACGUGUUUACCAUGGGACCAUGGAGGAUAAAACUGAAGUUGCGGUUAAGUUGCUUACGAGGGAUAAUCAAAACGGGGAUCGUGAAUUUAUUGCUGAAGUUGAGAUGUUAAGUCGCUUGCAUCAUCGCAACCUUGUGAAACUGAUUGGUAUAUGCAUUGAAGGACGAACUCGCUGCUUAGUGUAUGAGCUUGUCCACAAUGGCAGUGUUGAGUCACACUUGCAUGGUGUUGACAAGAACAGAGGACCUCUUGACUGGGAUGCACGGAUAAAGAUUGCUCUUGGUGCAGCUAGAGGGUUAGCCUAUCUUCAUGAAGAUUCUAACCCUCGUGUCAUUCACCGAGAUUUCAAGGCUAGUAAUGUUUUACUUGAGGAUGACUUCACCCCCAAGGUUUCUGAUUUUGGUCUGGCAAGGGAAGCAACUGAGGGAAGUCAUCAUAUUUCUACACGUGUUAUGGGCACUUUCGGGUAUGUUGCCCCAGAGUAUGCAAUGACAGGGCACCUACUCGUCAAGAGCGAUGUUUAUAGUUAUGGAGUUGUGCUAUUGGAGCUUCUUUCUGGUCGAAAGCCUGUUGACAUGUGCCAACCUUCAGGACAGGAGAAUUUAGUAACUUGGGCAAGGCCACUACUGACCAGCAGGGAAGGUCUGCAACAGUUGGUGGAUCCUACUUUAGCUGGAGGUUAUGACUUCGAUGACAUGGCUAAAGUGGCAGCCAUUGCUUCCAUGUGUGUGCACCCUGAGGUGACUCAUAGACCAUUUAUGGGUGAAGUUGUGCAGGCUCUAAAGCUGAUAUACAAUGACACAGACGAGACAUGUGGUGACUGCUGUAGUCAAAAGGAGUCUUCUGCUCCAGACUCCGACUUUAAAGGUGAUCUAGCUAUUUCUGAUAGCAGUUGGUUCCAUGCUGGAGGGAUCAGCCCUCGGUUAACUUAUGGGCAAGCCUCGUCCUUCAUUACAAUGGAGUACAGUUCUGGGCCGCUUGAAGAGAUGGAAAACAGACCGUUUUCGACUUCAAGUUUGAUAGGGGAUGAGAUAUCUUUGCCAAUUAGACAUGGGAACAGGUCAGGGCCAUUGAGAACUGUCCGAAGUAAGCCAGCGUUUUAUAGACUAAGAGGGAGCAAGAGUGAGCAUGGUGGACUCCUUCCAAAGCGACAUCGGAACAAUGGGAAUUGGGUGUGAGGUUUCUUUAUUUUUAUUUUUGAAAUGUACAGUUCCAGAAGGACCAUGGGUUUUCAGUAAGCCAUCACCCAUCAGUUUUUAGUUUAGGUGUUUGAAAAUCUCUGAGGUUUCGCCCCUGUUUGAAGAAUGAGAGAGAAAACCUUGGCUUCUAAUUUUGGAAUUCUUGAUUCAUUACCAUACAAGUUGGAGAUGUAAGUGGAAUACUUCCUGUAUUAUAUAUCUGGCUAAAUUAUAUUCAUGUGGUUCAAUGCCUUAUUGGUUGACAAUUUUAACUUGUGUAUCCCUUUGCUGCAUUGAAAGUCAUAUAUAAAUAUAUAUACACUUGGUAGCA